UAUGCCGGGGCCGGAUGUUAGAGCCAAUGAAAAUGUAUUCGGUGAGAUGUCGACCGAGCCCGCGGCGACUCUGCACAGCGGUACUGAAGCUGCUAAACCCGAAAGGAAACUUACCGUACUCGAAACACAUGGAUAUGUACUUGGUAGAACAAUUGGGUCAGGCUCAUAUGCUACCGUCAAGGUAGCUACAAGUGAAAGGCACAACUGCCAAGUAGCGGUUAAAAUAAUAAGCAAAUUUCAAGCACCAGGCGAUUAUCUGAAGAAGUUUCUGCCAAGAGAAAUAGAAGUCGUGAAGGGACUGAAACAUGAAAAUUUAAUACGGUUUUUGCAGGCAAUUGAAACCACACACAGGGUCUACAUUGUGAUGGAGUAUGCUGAAAACGGCAGCCUCCUAGACAUCAUCCGCAAAGAUCAACACAUAGACGAGAUCCGUGGUCGUCGUUGGUUUCAGCAGCUUGUCGAAGCCGUGGAGUACUGCCACGAACGUGGGGUAGUUCACAGGGACAUCAAAUGCGAAAACUUGCUGAUGGAUCACGGUUUGAACAUAAAGCUGUCUGAUUUCGGAUUCGCGAGGGGUCAUAUGAAGCCAAAAAAUGGAGUGUAUUCUUUGAGCGAAACCUUCUGCGGCAGUUACGCCUACGCUUCUCCCGAGAUCCUGAAAGGGGUCCCUUACAGGCCACAGGACUCCGAUAUAUGGAGCAUGGGAGUGGUGUUAUAUGCUAUCGUAUACGGACGACUGCCCUUUGACGAUACAAAUUACACACAGUUAUUGAAGCAAGUUCAGAACAAAGUUUCGUUCCCAAGAGAGCCAAAGGUUUCGACGGAAUGCCGCAAACUGAUCACCAGAAUCCUGGCUCCUCUGAAGGUCCGUCUGAAAAUCCCACAGAUCCUCGCCGACCCCUGGUUAAACCCCAAUCAACCAGCCAAAGAUGAAGAAGUUGAUGCUCAGGAAAAAGAAGUCACAAGCAAAGAGGAAAUUAAAAGCGUAAACAUAGGCACUGUAACAUUCGACAGAAAAUUAGAAGAAGUGAAAUGAUAAUUUGAUUAAACACCUGUAAAAAA